CAAAUAGGUUCGAUAUCAGUUGAUGUGAGCAGACUGCUGCGUCAAGACGUUCCACACUUGAGGAAUUGCCUUUCGUAUUUGAACACAGUUACAGUUAUUGUUUUUACCGUUAUUGUUGGUGUUAGCUUAAUAAACAUGUCGCAGGAAUACAGUGUUUGUGAGGUGGCACAGAACAACGGACGCGAUGGCAAGCCCGUGUGGAUUAUUAUUAAAGACAGCGUCUACGACAUGACGGAGUUCAUAAAAGAACAUCCCGGUGGUGAAGAAUCCAUACUCGAGUAUGCGGGUAGAGACGCCACAAAAGCCUUCAAUGAAGUCGGUCAUUCCACGGAUGCCAUUAAGGAAAUGAAGUCGUACAAAAUCGGCGUGAUCAGAGCAGAGUGCGCGAAAAUACUCAACACCCAACCAACAGCUACAGCGAAUGGUCUAAAUGAGAAACAACCGCAACCAAAUUGUUGCCAAUCGGAAAAGAAACGAAUUAAAUUUUUCUUCUGCUUUUGAAUAAAAAAAAAAAACGACAAAAGCGUUAAAUUUAGAAGAAUUAGCCCAACUGUGAUUAAACUGAGUUCACUCAUACAUUGCGCAUCGCAACAUGGAUGGUUGGAUCGCAAGUAGCAUGCCUAUAUGGCGAUCUGCAAAUGUGUGAAGUUAUUAAAUUCGAGUAGAGUGUAAAUUAAAAAAAAAUUGUAAUUUAUUAACUUCACUUACAUUAUAAAAAAUGUUGUUGUUGUUAUUGUUUGAAUUCGUACUUAUAUACAUAAUAACAUUAAAUAUAGUUUACGUUACAAAAUAUAAAUUAAUUUAUUGUAGUUAAUAAGUGUAAAAUGCCAAUAAAUGCACAUUCAAAUACACUUAAUUAUAAUAAUAAUA